UAAUCCUCGCAACUUCUCAACCUACGAAACUUGAAUACGAAAUCAAGCAAGAAUAUGAUAAUCCCGAAAUUAUUGCUUUACGCGGUUCUCCGAAACCACUGUUACCAAUUUCUGGAAAACCUGCUAUUAAUUGGUGGUAUGAUGGUUUGAGAAGUCAAAUUGAGGGUGAUGUUUUCAUUGUGACCAAUGCUCAUAAUCAAGACAUGUUUGCGGAUAUUGAGCUUGUUAAACGUGUCAAGGGUUUUGUAAACUCAACUAUUAUUGUGCAAGCAGAAAUAUUAUUCGAUACUUUCAACGACACAUCUCUAAAUCAACUGCUAUUUGAUAAUAAUUUUGUUAAACUUAUAUUCAACGGUGAUGAAUUAUUAAAACGAAAUAAAAACAUUACAACUUCGACAACAUUGCUCGAUACAACUAGAGAACUCUAUCAAGAUGAAACCAUCAAUACAACCAACUUAAUUGCAUGUGUGUUUCAUUCAAGUGCACUAUAUUUAAUCGAGGAAUAUGCAUUAAAAAACAAAGGAAUGAUAAAUGCCGAUGAUUCUAAUGAUUCUUUUGAUUGUAUCGGAAAGUUUAUCCAAUUUAUGACGAAUAAAAAUCUGGCCAUUAAAACGGUCAUAAUUCCGUAUCAACCUUUUUUUAAAUGGAAGGAUCCGUUUCUGACUCUAAGAGAAUACUCAUCUCUCUUUAAAUCAUUAUUCAUCAGUACUAUAGUCAUCCAAAAAGAUCCUCCAUCGGGUCAUCAAUCAACAUUAAUAACAACACGCUCGUAUGCACGUAUAGGUUUAAUGGGCAAUCCAUCAGAUGGUUUCUACGGAAAGACAAUUUCUCUAUUGAUCUCUAAUUUCUUUGUGGAAAUAACACUAAUCCCCAACAAAUUCAUUUAUACACAAGAAUAUUCUAAAGUCGAGUUUUUUCACUCUAUGAUAACCACAAAAUGUUCAUUCUCAGCAAUUGAAUCUUUAUCAAUAUUAUCUUCCACAGAAGGUUAUACGAAUGCUGAUAGAUUAUUUCAGGCAACUUGCAAAGUAUUCUAUAGAUAUUGUGAAGCCAAUAACUUUGUACUCCAUAAGCAAGGAUUUAGACUAUGUUAUGAAACAAAUAUACCACGACAAGUUGGACUAUCCGGAUCUUCUGCUAUCAUUACUGCUUUAUGGAGAGCGUUGAUGAAAUUUUACGGAAUUGAGAAUGGUGAUAUUUCAUUAGCAAUGCAAGUAAAAUUGAUACUUGAUGUAGAGCUUAUUGAAUUGGGAAUUAACGCAGGAUUACAAGAUAGAGUCAUACAAAGUUUUGGGGGUAUUAUGUACAUGGAUUUUGAAAAAGAAUUUAUGGAAAGGAACAAUGGAAUCGGAAGAUAUAUAAGAGUGCCAAGUGAAUUAAUACCUAAAGGAUUAUGGAUUGCUUAUGAAGGGAAUCCUAGCAAAAUUCAUAGUGAUGUGAGGAAAAGAUAUGAAGCUGGGGAUGAAAAGGUAGUAGAUGCCAUGAUCAAAUUUGCAUCUUAUGCCGAACAAACUUAUCAUCUUUUACUUGAUUCUUCAACUUCACAAACGACCAAGCGUGUGAAAUUAGCAAAGUUAAUGAAUAUGAAUUUUAAUUUGAGACAAGAGAUAUUUGGAAAUAAGAUACUUGGAAAGAAUAAUUUGAAAAUGAUUGAAUUGGCUAGGAAAUUUGGGUUUGCUGCCAAAUUUACAGGGUCGGGUGGUACUAUUGUUGGAUUAUGGGAAGAUGAAAAUAAUAAAGAUAUGAUGCUUAAUAUAGAGAAAUUGAAGAAUGAAUUGCAAAAAGAAGGGUUUGUGUUUUGUUGGGUUAAGAUUUGUGAUUACAAGUAUGAUGAAGAAUAA